UGGGCGCCGCGGGGAAGGGUUGGUCAUUGCGGCGCCAUUCUCCGGGACCUGUUUAGGGCAAGGGAAGAGUAACAGAAGUCACUUGGGUCCAAAUCGCCCACUGACUUGGCGUCCGCUUCUUUUCAUUCAUUUUAUUCCUUCAUGGGCUCCGCCCUAGACCAUAGAACCAAGGAGGCUAAAGCGGACAGAAGGAUAAAUAAAUAAGUCGAGUCGCCGUAGACUUUGCAAAUAAUAAAAGAACGAUAAGAUGUAAAGCGGGGACGGCUUUCAGCGGCCUAGGCACAGAUGGCCUCCCGGCAUGUCACCCAGGAGACCUUUGAUGCAGCCGUGCGAGAGAACAUGGAAGAGUUCGAGAUGGGGCCAGAGGAGGCUGUGAAGGAGGCGGUGGAGCAGUUUGAGCUGCAAGGUGUGGAUCUGAGCACCAUCAUGAAGGUGGCACCCAGGGCCUCUACUGAUGGAGCCCUGGAGCCCAUAAACGCCUUGUGGCAGGCCCUGGACGACCUGCGGGAGGCUGUGGCCAGCUCCCAGCCCCAGGACGUGUCAGCCCACCUGGCACGCUUCUGCGAGCAAUGCCAUGAACACCGGGCCUGCCGCUUCCUGGCAGCCCAGAAGGGGGCCUACCCCACCAUCCUGGCUGCCUGCAAGCUGGCUGUGGCGGGUGACCGGGACCUCCUACUCAAGGCCCUCAGCGCCCUGGCAGCACUCACUGACGGCCAGCCCGACCUCCUGGAUGCUGAUGGCCUGCAGCUGCUGGUGGCCACACUGGCCCAGAAUACUGACGAGGCUGAUGUGACCUGCUCCGGGAUCCGCUGUGUGCGCCAUGCCUGCCUGAAGCAUGAGCAGAACCGGCAGGCCCUAGUAAAGGCUGGUGCACUGCCCCUGCUGACUGGGGCAAUCGCCCAGCACGGCCGCCGUGCUGAUGUGGUCAGGGAGGCCUGCGGGGCACUGCGGGUCAUGACCUUUGAUGAUGACAUCCGGGUGCCCUUCAGCCACGCCCAUGACCACGCCAAAAUGAUCGUGCAGGAAAACAGAGGCCUAAAGGUCCUCAUCGAAGCUGCCAAAGCCUUCUCCAGCAACCCUGGCAUACUGGGUGAGCUGUGCAGCACCCUGGCCCGCCUGGCUGUGCGCAAUGAGUUCUGCCAGGAGGUGGUGGACCUCGGGGGCCUUGACGUCCUGGUGACCCUGCUAGCCAGCUGCAAUGACCACCAGGAUCUUGUGAAGCAGGUGCUGAGCGCCCUGCGGGCCAUCGCCGGCAAUGAUGAUGUGAAGGAUGCUAUCGUGCGCGCUGGCGGGACAGAGGCCAUCGUGGCUGCCAUGACCCAGCAUCUGGCCAGCCCCCAGGUGAGUGAGCAGAGCUGCGCGGCACUGUGCGUGCUGGCACUGCGCAAGCCGGAGAACAGCCGGGUCAUCGUGGAGGGUGGUGGUGCCCUGGCGGCCCUGCAGGCCAUGAAGGCACACCCACAGGAGCCUGGUGUGCAGAGACAGGCCUGCAUGCUCAUCCGCAACUUGGUGUCCCGGAGCCAGGCCUUCUCCAAGCCCAUCUUGGACCUGGGUGCUGAAGAGCUCAUCGUGCAGGCGCGGGCAGCUCACCAGGACUGCGAGGAUGUGGCCAAGGCCGCUCUGCGGGACCUGGGCUGCCGUGUUGAGCUCCGAGAGCUGUGGACUGGCCAGAAGGGUGACCUGGCACCGUGACCCCAGCCCCUGGUGGCCUUGGCCUUGCACAAGUCACCGGACUUGGGAGUGCUCAGCGCCCUGCCCCUCAGUCCUGUCCCUGCAGUGACUGGGAUGGGAGGGGAGGCAUUAGACGGCCCAGUACAUGUGUUCUCUGGUGUCCCCUGGCAGCUGGCGGGUGAAAUGUCACCAUCCUGCCCCUCUCUGGUGUAACAGAAACUGUCUUGGCAUUUCUUGGGGCAAAAGCCACAUCUUCCCACCUGACUCCUGGGGUUCCACUGCCACUGGUUCAGUGCCUGGUGCCGCUCCCGUGGGGCCGAUGCUGUGCCCAUGGAGCUCAGGUGCCUGGCUCCCCUGGGGAAGCAGUGCAGUGUCCGAUAAUAAAGGUCAUCUGUGAACUCUG